AUGAUACAAGUCAUGAAUUGGCUUUCUAUGGCCAUAGGCCUGAUACCGCUCAAUCGUCAGCUAUCGCAGUCCAACAUUGUGCUGGACUAUGCCAUGAUGGUGAUUGUGCCGUGCCUCUAUUUGGGCUCCUAUUUAGGCAUCAUUCUGAUGGAGAGAUUCGGCUUGCCCUAUCUCGAUGCUUGCAACAGCGUCUGCCGGCUGAGCAACAACCUGUUCAUGCACCUGGGCGCCUUUCUCUAUGUGACGAUCACCCUGCUCAGUCUCUAUCGGCGCAAACAGUUCUUCGUGGAGUUCGAGACGCGUCUGGCUGAGAUCGAUGUGGUCAUCCAGAAGUGUCGACGCGUUGCCGAACUGGACAAGGUGCGCGCCCAGGCGGUCAAGCACAGUGUUGCCUACCAUUUCACCUGGCUCUUUGUCUUCAGUGUAUUCAUCUUUGCCCUGUACUACGACUCCAGGGAAUUAUAUCUCACCUUUGGCGAGUAUGCGAUAAUACCAUUUAUGGUCUCGAGCUUUCCAUAUCUGGCUGGCAGCAUUAUUCAGGGCGAAUUCAUCUAUCAUGUGUCUGUCAUUUCGAAUCGCUUCGAGCAAAUAAAUAAGCUGUUCGAGAAGAUUAACCAGGAGGCGCGUCACCGCCACGCCCCGCUCACCGUCUUCGACAUCGAGAGCGAGGGCAAGAAGCAGGAGCGCAAGCCAACGCCCGCUGAGAAAGCGGCCGCCACCAAAGCCAUCUACAGCAACGAUCCCAAGCUGGCGGAUGAGUUGAAGCGCCAAAAGGCACUGCCGGCCAAGCAACAGAACGAGGAUGAGCUGAACACCAGCGAUGAGGAGGACGACGACAUAUUUGACUACAACGAGGGCAUGAUGGAGGAGAACACUGACACCACUUCGGAGGCCAAUUUGCCGGAUUUGUUUAAGCUGCAUGACAAGAUACUCGCGCUGAGUGUUCUGACCAACGGAGAGUUCGGGCCACAGUGUGUGCCCUAUAUGGCUGCAUGCUUCGUGGUCAGCAUCUUUGGCAUAUUCCUCGAGACAAAGGUCAACUUCAUAGUGAGCGGCAAGAGCCGCCUGCUGGACUACGUGACCUAUCUGUAUGUCAUCUGGAGCUUCACCACCAUGGUGGUGGCCUACAUUGUGCUGCGCCUCUGCUGCAAUGCCAACAAUCACUCCAAGCAGUCGGCGAUGAUUGUGCACGAGAUCAUGCAGAAGAAGCCCGCCUUUAUGCUGAGCAACGAUCUCUUCUACAACAAGAUGAAGUCCUUCACUCUGCAGUUCCUGCACUGGGAGGGCUAUUUCCAGUUCAAUGGCAUCGGUCUCUUUGCACUGGACUACACAUUCAUAUUCUCGACUGUGAGUGCUGCCACCUCUUAUUUGAUUGUCCUGCUGCAGUUCGACAUGACAGCAAUAUUGCGCAACGAGGGCCUCAUGACCUAA